AUACACACACACACCCUCUUACAGUCCCAAUGGGGAAAUGCUCUGAUCCUCUCUCACACAUGCCCACAUGCCUAUUGAUUUACAGAAUGCACUGGAGUUCCACUGGAUUCUAAGGUUACAGCAACCACAAAUCCCCAAAAAAACCCUGUCCUAUACCCUGCAUAUAGAGAACAAUGGUCCAAACAUUUCUUCUUCUGGUCUCUUUUCCAAAAGAGGUAUUCAUACUGGAUUAUCUAAGGCCCUGCAAUAAGGAUAUAUAAGAUAACAGAAUAAUUUAAACUUCAAACAUACAAUGGACUGUAAAUGUGGCCUUCUUGGUGACUCAGAAGAGGAGGAGGAUUACAAAAAAAGGCCUAGGGUGCUGAGCCUAGCCAAGGGGUGGAUGACUCUCCUGAGUGUAACAGAGGUGAGCUGGGGGAAGCAAUGGCCAGGGGGUCCUUGGACUCUGAGGGCCUUACGAAAAGUCAGACUCUGCAGUUUUCUGUUUGGUUUAACUGUAACCAUCUUCAUCAUGGCUUCGUACAUCCUCACUGGAGAUAAGAAAGGACUUCUACUGACUCCAUCACCGUUUCAACUCCGGCUCAUAGCAGAACCAGGACUUAACACCUUAAAUCUGUCUUCAGAUAAGGACUAUGCCACCAUUAAAGAGGUAGUGCAGAACAUUGUCACUAAAGUGGAGUUCAGCCCCAGGAAGGUCCCGGACCUUACAGAGCUGAAGAAGAGGGAACUCCACAUAUUUUCCAUAAUCCCUCAGAAAUUCCUUAGUCACAUUAAGAACCCAUGCUGGUAUGAGGAAUACUCAGGGAAUGGCACGGUGGAUCCCUACAGAGCAAACUUAUAUUUUCUUUAUUCCCGACGCUUCCGAGCGGUUUAUGAAUACCUGCGGAGUGCUUUUCGUCAUCACCUGUACAACCAUGCAGGGAGAAAGUACCGUCUGCGAUGCCUUCCGUACUUCUACAUCAUAGGCCAGCCAAAGUGUGGCACUACAGAUCUCUAUGAUCGGCUUCGCUUACAUCCAGAGGUUCAGUUCACCACCAUGAAAGAGCCCCACUGGUGGACUAGGAAGAGGUUUGGUAUAAUUCGACUGAGUCAAGGGUUGCACAACCCCUAUCCUGUAAAGGACUACUUGGACCUGUUUGACCUUGCAGCUUUUCAGAUUCAAGACCAUCGCCUAGGCAACAAGUCCCAAGGCCAAAGCAAGAGAGACAUUAUUAUUGGUGAAGCGAGUGCAUCGACAAUGUGGGACAAUAACGCCUGGGUUUAUUUCUAUGACAAUGGCACUGGAUCGGAACCUCCUUUCUUAGUGCAAGACUUUAUCCAUGCUGUCCAACCAGAUGCCAAGUUCAUUGUGAUGCUCAGAGACCCUGUAGAGAGACUCUAUUCCGAUUAUCUGUACUUUGGCAUGGCCAAUAAGUCUGUAGAGGACUUUCAUGAGCGGGUGUCUGAGUCACUCCAGCUGUUUGAAGGCUGUUUAACAGAGAGGUCCAUGCGGUCCUGUGUCUACAACACCACUCUCAACAACGCAAUGCCUGUCAGGCUGCAGGUGGGCCUGUAUGUGGUGUACAUCCUUGAUUGGUUGACUGUCUUCAACAGAAACCAGAUUCUUGUUCUGCGUUUGGAGGAUCAUGCUGCCAACAGGACACAAACCAUGCACAUGGUUUUUGACUUUCUCCAGUUAGGACCCUUGUCCCAGCAAAAGGAGGCUGUUAUCACCAAAAGUCCUGCAUCCAACACAAGGAGACCAGCUGUUAGGAACCUUGGCCCAAUGCUUCCCAUCACCAAGGAGAUUCUGCAAAGUUUCUACCAGCCUUUCAACCAGAAACUGGCCAAACUGCUCAGAGACGACAGCUUUCUUUGGACUGAAACGUGACACAUAAUCCCACACAUAUAGGUUGAUUGAAAUACAGAGCCACUCUCAGUCUAAGAUCAGUGCAGCUGCCACCUUGAGGAAACACUGAGUAUUGCACUUUACCUUAGUGACAGUAUCUAGCACAUUGUGAUACCAUAGCACUCAAGACACUUAUUUUCAGUGUGGAAGGAGUUCGUGAAAUCUCACAGAGGCUUCAAAAGGCAGCAAGAUGACUGAUGGUGAAAUGAGAUUUAAGCCAUUUCUGCUGUCCAUAUAAUUCUAGAAUACUUAAUGUAGCAAUUUUAUUAGCUGUAGGUUCUGAUGCCUAAGAGAGAGAAUGACUCAGAUAUGAGUGUGAUUUUCCUGAGAAACUGUGUCUAAAGUGGAAUGUGUUAGGUACCAGUCUGGAUGUCAGAUAAAUAGCACUGUCACUCUGUCAAAGGGAAUCAAAUAUCAGUGGGAAGAUUACUCUUAAUGUGAAAAAAUAAAAUUAGGGAGAAAUGCACUGAGAGAGACUUGAACCACUGGAACAGAAAAGACUGCAAUUUCAAUGAUAUAUCCAAUAGCCAACAGCAAACUAUUGCCAGAAACUAAUCACUGUUCCACAGGUAAGGGACCAUUUGUAUGAGAAAAUUGUAAGAUAUUAUUAUCAUUAUUAUUAUUAUUAUUAUUAUUUGAGAAAUUCUGAAGGUUCGCCUAAUGGUAAUGAGGGAAUAUUUUGCUGGAUGGUUAGUGCACACAUGGAAAAACAAUGUACUCUUAUACUGCAGUAAUCAGUGGGGAGCUAUUUUAAAGUAUGGGCAUACCUUCUCUUAAAUGUAAUUUUCUAUUCCUAUUUAAGUUGUAUUUUUCUAAGUUAUAAAGAAUGAAAAAUAUCACUGAAAAACAGCACUAUGUUUUUAGGCUCUCAUGAUGUGUCAAAAACCUGUCCUUAUUGUCAUAUCACAUGUCUGU